AUGAAUGCAACGCUGUCAUCUUAUGUAGAUGGCGUCCAGACCUGCGACCAGCCGGCAUCCGUCGCACCGCGGCGUCCAAACCUGCGACCAGCCGGCGGCCGUCGCAACGCGGCGUACAGACCUGCGACCAGCCGGCGGCCGUCGCACCGCAGCGUCCAGACCUGCGACCAGCCGGCGGCCGCCGCACCGCAGCGUCCAGACCUGCGACCAGCCGGCGGCCGCCGCACCGCAGCGUCCAGACCUGCGACCAGCCGGCGGCCGCCGCACCGCAGCGUCCAGACCUGCGACCAGCCGGCGGCCGCCGCACCUCAGCGUCCAGACAUGCGACCAGCCGGCAUCCGUCGCACCGCGGCGUCCAAACCUGCGACCAGCCGGCGGCCGUCGCAACGCGGCGUACAGACCUGCGACCAGCCGGCGGCCGUCGCACCGCAGCGUCCAGACCUGCGACCAGCCGGCGGCCGCCGCACCGCAGCGUCCAGACCUGCGACCAGCCGGCGGCCGCCGCACCGCAGCGUCCAGACCUGCGACCAGCCGGCGGCCGCCGCACCGCAGCGUCCAGACCUGCGACCAGCCGGCGGCCGCCGCACCGCAGCGUCCAGACAUGCGACCAGCCGGCGUCCGCCGCACCGCAGCGUCCAGACCUGCGACCAGCCGGCGGCCGCCACACCGCAGCGUCCAGACCUGCGACCAGCCGGCGGCCGCCGCACCGCGCGAAUACAGAAGAGCUCCCCACGAAAUGUAGACACAAAUCAGAGCUAA